AUGUUUAUUAAAUGUCAAGCUGAAUACUGUUACUCAGUAUCAAGACUACUGAGGGUCUACCCCAAAUGCGAUACGUUCAAUUUGGCAAAACUGAAUUACGAGUAUGUGAAGUUCAUGUUAUUUAAACAAGAAAUUAAAGAAGAGAAAUUAUACGCCAAAGAUUUACAUAAACCACAAGGUUUCACGAUUUGCCUAAGACUCUCAGAAGCUGGUAUUAACUUUGUUGAUAAUGCAGAUGCUUAUUCUAACGGUGAAAGUGAACGUGCUCUAGGAAAAGCAAUCCAAAAAAUCCAAUAUGCCCAGAUCGCGUGUCAUAGUAGCUAUCAAAAUGUUUCGUGCUGCAUCGAUGGGAAGGAACACAACGAAUGGCUCAAUCGUCACGAAUUACCCCACAAGUACACAUUUGAUGCGGUGAUGCUUCUUUUGGAAGACUUGGUUUGGAUAUAUAGAUCGAUAUCAAAUUCAUUGAUUCGAUUGCGUAUGUAUAUAUUCGCAGCAAGUAUUUAUCGGUCUCCUUUAGCACGGGUCCUUUUGCCUGAAAGAAACAGACGAUCUGUGCGAUGA